UUUAUAAUAUAUUGAAAUAAUGAAAAUAUCCGCUUUUUGAAUACUCUUCUCGUUACUUUUCCUGAGUGGUGUGCUCGCACAAGGAAAAGUCGGCAGUAGUCAGAAUAGUGACGAAGAGACUCACAGACAGGAUUUCAUCCAGUUCGAUCUUAAUAAUGAUGGAAAUGUCGACGCCUUCGAAAUCAGAGAGGUUGUACCAACCAUAGGACAGCAGGAGAUUACCACUUUCUUCAUAGUAGCUGAUAAGAACGAGAAUGGAUUAAUAGAUUUUGAUGAGUACAUGCACGCCUCUCUUAGUUAUACCGAUGAGCAGUUCAAGGAGAUGGCUAAGGAUCCUUAUUCACAGAACUAAUUACUUUCAACAGCAGAUAUUAUUAAU